AUGGAAGUCCCACUUGGACUCGAAAUGAAUCCCCAAAAGGUGUACAAACUAAAAAAGGCAUUGUAUGGGCUCAAACAGUCUCCAAGAGUAUGGUUUGAUAGAUUCACCAGGGCAAUCAAACAUAUGGGAUAUGAACAAUGUCAGUCCAAUUACACUCUGUUUGUCAAGUAUUGUACCAUAGGAAAGAGAGCUAUACUAAUUGUCUAUGUGGAUGCUAUUAUCCUAACAGCUGAUCAUAGUGAAGAAAUUCAGAAAUUGAAAGACUUUCUAGUUAGAGAAUUUGAAAUCAAAGAAUUUGUGAUACUCAAGUAUUUUCUUCAAAUGGAAGUUGCCAGAUCCAAGAAAGGAAUUUCUAUAUCUCAGCGAAAGUACAUCUUAGAUCUCCUGAAAGAGACAAGUAUGCUUGGUUGUAAACCUGUAGAGACUCCUAUGAAAACAAAUGUCAAACUUAAUCCAAAAAGUGACAGUAAAUCUGUUGAUAAAGAGAGGUAUCAAAGAUUUAUAGGCAAACUUAUCUAUCUGCCUCACACAAGACUUGACAUCAACUUCGCUGUUAGCAGUGUGAGUCAUUUCAUAUCUCAACAUACUGAAAAACACAUGAGUGUUGUCUAUCGUAUUCUGAGGUAUCUAAAGAUAACACCUGCACAGGGAUUAUUCUUUCAAAAAACUAUGGUCAAAGAUAUUGAGAUCUACACUGAUACCGAUUGCACUGAAUCUGUAACAGAUAGGAGAUCCACAUCUGUUUAUUGCUCUUAUGUUUGA